AUUUGAUUGAUUUUUUAUAUUUUAAAUGUUUGGUAAUUACUAAACAAUCAAACACUAAUUAAAUGAUUAGCUAAUCAGUAAUAUAAAUGGAGCUGCUGUGUAGACAAUAUCAAGAGUUUUACCUGUCAUUCAGAGGUUAAUGCAGCCGUGCUGUUUCAUGGAGACUGUUGGUUUUAGGCGGGAAACUCAGCUACCCUAGUGAAAGCUGAUUUGUACCCCUGCUAAACAAGCUUUUACCAGCAAAACCAAGAAGGUUGUCACAAAAAUAAGUUUACUGCAUGUAAGUCAAGACCUUAAUGAAUGACACUUCUGUUAUCUCUUUGAGCUGUGACAAUUGUGGUCAUUCCAGUUCAAAGUUCAAGUUCAAAGUGUGCCCUUCUGAUUUUCUCUCAAUUAAUUCAAGAUAUUACUCAUGCUUUAAAGAUGACUGAGAGAAAUGUGUACUGUAGCUCUGCUCCAGCACCGUGCGGACAGAGGAAGCCGAGGUGAGCGGAGGCUUUAAUUUGUGACAUCUGACGCAUUAAUGCGCUGUCAUCAAAGUGGUUUAUGGAAGCACUUUAUAAACCAACCUGCGGAAAAGUUAAAUCGUGUGUACAAACACAAAAACUAAAGCUGAAUAAACACAGAUGGUUGUCAGGGGAAUGGCGAAGUUUAAAAUAGCUGCGGCUGAUUGUGACAGCUAAGGAGUGGAUAACUUGAAGUCUCCCUCCUUAUUUGAUAUAACAAUCAGUCGUCCAACCAUUGAUUUGUGCACAGGUGUCGAGGUAACAAAGUAGGGUUAAUUUUUAUUAGCACUUGAAGCAUGAAUAAGCAGAUUAGUCAAAUCCGACUGAGACCAGCAAUUUAUGAGUACAGUGGCCUGUGGUGAGGUAAGCUACUGCCUAUCCAGUGAUGUGCCCGUCUAGUCUUGCUCCUUCCAGAUUUCCUCGCUGUAGUACUGGCUGGAUGUUGUUGAAUGAGCUGAAGAAGUAAAAACACGACCCUCAUAGCAUCUUCCAGUCUGAGUCUGUGCACAGUACAGCAGAUAGAAGACAAGACCAUCCAUCCUAAUGUUUCACCUCUAAGCAAACUGCAGCAGGUCCAGCAAUGUGCUAAAGUAAGUGGCCGAGGAUGGGCCUCUGCAUAGUCUUUAUCAGGUGGGAGACCAGAGCUACUAGUGUGUAGUGUUUUUUCAAUUUAGCAUGUGUGGUCCCAGAAACCGAAUCCAAUUCAGAAAGUCCUCCACAGAAAAGAUGUAUGUGACCAUCACUCAGAGCUAGUCAGUACAGGUCCUGAACAAUCUGGGUCAGAUCCCUUCUGGUCCUUCAUUUAUAUUCACAUUUGGUCAGAUGACGUGAGGAUAGUGGUAAAGGAAUGGCGGUUGUGGCUGCUGGACGUAAGAUGUGUGAAGGGGGGUUGUAAAGGAAGUUUGGCUGUAGCCAAAUCUAUUAAACAUAAACAACUUUGCUAUAAUUGCCUUUGGAACACUUCACACAUUUUUAAAAUUUGUUAUAAUUUAAUAGCUCGUGUACUGGAUGAAUUAUUAUAAUUAUUAUAAUCCCCACUAAUGAGAUAAAGAGCAUCUGGAUGCUGUGUCUCUAGGUGCCUAAUUGUGUCAUGCAGUAGCUCGCAUGCUGUUGUGGCCUCGGGUUGCAGAAAAAAAUGCACAUUCAAAACAAUAGGCAAGAUAGUGAGUCUGGCAAAGUGACCAUGGGAGAAAACAAGAUGCAGGCCAGACAGGGGGAACAAGAGCCAAAACCAGAACCAGAACUAAAACAAAAAUGCUGUGAUGGCCUUUACCUCUUCACCAAAAAGUCAAAAGUCAAAUUUGCAAAAAGCACUUAAACAUAGUACAUGUGCAAGAAUGGACCAAAAUAACUAUUUGAAAUCACUGAGACCCUGACCUGUCACAUACAGUCACAAAAAAUCUAAACAAUGUUACUUGUUUUUUUGCAUUUAGUUUUACAUGCCCUGACAUGUCUAAGUCCCCACCUUCACCAUGCCACUUCUGGCUUUGUGUAACAGCAGAUGUUACACUGUUCCUGACAUUUCAAGUCCCCACCUUGGCCGUGCCCCUCCCCCGCCCUACUGUCUACAGUUGUUCAUGCUGUUCAUGAUCAGGCAGUAAGAGGCAAUAAUAAAGUGAUCACCAUGUCCUGCUUCAGCAGAGAAUUUCAGUUUGGUCUAAGUUAUUCCUGUGUCUAUGUAUGUUUUCUUUGUUCUGUUAUAUUAGAACUCUUCUCUUGUAUUUAAUGAUAUUACUUGUGUGAGUUGUGCAAAUAGGUUCUCUGUUGUCUUGUCUGUCGAUCUAGCUUCUGUUUCUGUACUUAUUAUGCCUACUAAAUAAUAUUAUAAUAUUUCCCAUUGGGAGUUCGGGCCCGUUUGUCAGCCAUUAACAACAGCUUAAUUAGAUUCACAGCUCUAAAUUAAAGUAUGUAAAUUAAGGUUAAUGUAAAGUUUAUCUGGUCAAGUUAAUAUUUUCUCUGUAAGGGAUUUUUUCUUGAUAGUCUUCCUGCCACUUAGUAGCCUCCCUUCAGCCCAGUGGGUGUGUAUAGUGUAGCCUUCUUUUUCACAGUUUAGCAGAGAUUUAUUAUUUUUAAGCAUAAAAAAUAUCUUUGUUACAAAAACAUUAAUUCAUUAAAUAUGGAUUUUAAAAAAUCUACAUUCUGUUUAUGUUUUUAAUCAUUAGUUCAGGUAUCCAGUUAGCAGAAAACAUAUACUCUCAGUAACAGUAGAUAUUACACUGCUCCCGACAUUUAAAGUCCCCAUCUUAAUCAUGCAGAUAAUGCAUGCAAACAGAUAAAUACACUGAUCCUGAGAUUCGAAGUCCCAACCUUGACCACACACCCCCUAUUCACUGCUGCGCGGGAAUUUGCCAGAGUGAUCUUGUAGUUUGUUUUGUUACACAGCUGAGCCGUGGUUUUCUGUUGUGCUAUUUGUAACUAUGUGCGGAGUUGAUCUGGUGUGCGCCAUAUAACAAAUCAAGCGCUCCCUUUUGAUGCCACACCUGCUCCCUUGGAAAGGACAGACAUUUUUGCAUGCGACACAGAAGAGUGGAGUUACUUGUUGAGCACCGACUGAAAUGGAGGACAGCCCAAACGUAGGAUCUACUGACAGUGGUGAAUAUAAAGUUGCUGAUAUGACAGAUGUCAUUCAUUCUGAAUGCGAGAAAAAGUCUCAAAGUCGUUUCUUUCGACGUCUCCAGAAUCUGAAAAGGCAUCAUCAUAUGUGUGAACAACGGCAUGAGAAGGCACAAACCGAGAGGUUAGAUGACCAGAGAAAGAAGACCUUGAGCCUGAGCCAAAAGAAUGAACAGCAAUCGUCCAGUGACAGUGAGGGGACACUUAUUCUGGAACACACUCCAGCUGACGUUGAAAAAGACCCAAAUGUACCUGAGCUCAGAAGAACUGACAGUGUAAUUCUUGCCAGACAAAUGCAUGGCUAUGCAUCAGACCAAUCUAUAUCAAGUUGUCAAAGCAGCGGGGAUGAAUAUAUUCCCGAAACUUCUGAAUCAAAAAGUGAAGAAGAAGCAGAAGUUACAGAAAAGGACAGCCAACUUCCCGGAAAUGGAUCACCAACCACCGAAGAAAAGGUUCAUAACCCCUUAUUCUCACACCUUAAAUGACACCAGAGGAUCAUCUUCACAUGAUGCAGACCACACUAACGAAUCCUCUUCACCUGAUACUUCUGACGUGACAGUUAUGACUCUUAAGAAAAAGGCAAACGGUCGCAGACUAUACAACAAAAAAUUUUACUGUGCUUUUUGCUCCAAGGCAUAUAGCAAAAUGGCACGCCAUUUAGAGUCAAAACACAAAGAAAUACCAGAAGUGGCAAAAGCGGUGGCAUGCCCAGUAGGCUCCAAAGAAAGGAAAAUCCAGUUCAAUCUAUUACGUAACAAAGGAAACCGUGCCCAUAAUAAUCAGGUUCUUAAAGAGGGAAAAGGUAUAAUGAUACCUCGCCAGCAAUCCUGUAAACCUACCAAAGCAAGUGAUUACUUGCACUGCAUAAAUUGUCAGGGUUAUCUCAAAAGAAAAUCCUUGUGGAGACACAUGCAGAGAUGUCAGCUGAGCAGCCAAGUUAAAGCAUUGAAACCAGGAAUGUCUAGAAUACAGGCUCUCUGUAGAUACGCUGACCCGGUUCCAGACAGCUUGAAUGCAGAGUUUUGGAAGUUAGUACAAAAUAUGCAUGAUGACGACGUAACUAAAAUUGUUCGUAAAGAGAAAUGCAUCCUGAAAUUAGGAGAGCACCUCUUUAACAAGCAUGGCCACGAUGUCACAAAACAUGACUAUAUCAGACAAAAGAUGCGCGAGACAGGGCGACUAGUAAUGGAAGGACAAAAACAUGACCAGUUGAAGAGACUGUCUGAUUUCUUUGUGCCGACUAAUUUCGCUUAUGUAAUUGACACUGUGAAAAAAGUGGCUGGCUUUAAUGCAAAUACUCACACCUACAAAACACCAUCUUUGGCACUAAAGCUAGGCCACAACCUCAAGAAAGUAGCAGAUGUUUUGGAAUGUGAAGCUAUGAUCUCUGGUGAUCAGGAAACCAUUGACAAUACGCGAGUGUUCAAGCAGAUAUGUGACACUAAAUGGAGUGAAUGUAUAUCAUCCAGCGCACUCAGGACUUUGAAUGAGGCAAAAUGGAAUGCUCCACAACUUCUUCCCUUCGCUGAAGACGUGAAGAUGAUGCACCAGUAUCUUGUCAAACAACGAGUGAAAUAUCAAUCAAAACUCCAAGAAGAGCCGAACAAAAAGCACUGGGCAGAACUAGCAAAAGUCACACUUUGUGAUGUGAUACUUUUCAACAGAAGAAGAGCAGGAGAGUUAUCCAAAAUGUCUCUGAAUGCUUUUACAUUAAGAAAUACAUCAUCUACUCAUCCAGAUGUAGAACUUUCUUUGUCUGAACUUGAAAAAAAGCUUUGCAAACACUUCCAACGCAUAGAGAUUAGAGGCAAACGUGGACGAAAGGUCCCUAUUCUUCUUACCCCUGAUGUGCUGGCAUCCAUGGAAUUAAUGGUCAAGACUCGCCGCAGCUGUGCUGUAUUGGACGAGAAUCCAUUCAUGUUUGGGAGACCACAAGCUCUAAGUCACUUGAGAGGUUCCGAUGUGAUUCGGCAGAUUGCUCAAAGCUGUGGGGCAAAGCACCCAGAAGCCUUAUCCUCCACAAAGUUGAGGAAGCACAUGGCCACCAUGUCCAAAAUCCUCAACUUGAAGGAAAACGAAAUGGAUGACCUGGCUGAUUUCCUUGGCCAUGAUAUUAGAGUCCAUCGCCAGUAUUACAGGCUGCCUGAAGGGACAUUGCAGUUGGCGAAAAUAAGUAAGGUUUUGAUGGCUCUGGAACGAGGACAGCUGUCUAAAUUUAAAGGACAAAAUCUUGACGAGAUCAUCAUUGAUCCAAAAGAGAAAAUAGCCUUGGAUGAUGAUGCAACUGAAACAGAAGAUGAGGAUGCCACAAGCGUCUCAGAUGCUGCCUCAUCAUUCUCACUGUCACCUACACAAUCAUCAGACAAGUCAGACUUGAAAAAGGAAUCAACUAAUAGCUCUACCCCUGAAAGAACCACCCUGAAACGUCCAGCCAAAGGAAGGUCAGGUGAAGAGAUGACACCAGUGUGUGAAGUCUCUGAUGAAGCGCAAAAAAGGGGGUUAUCCCAAAAUAAAAGAAGAAAGUGGGCUGAAGAAGAAGUCCAAGCUGUCGAGAAGACUCUGAUGGACUAUAUAAUCUCUGGCAGAGUUCCUGGAAAAAAAGAAUGUCUCAAAUGCAUAGAGACAUCCCCUGCAGCAUUAAAAGAAAGAUCAUGGGAGGGAGUAAAAUUUUAUGUAAAAAAUCGCAUUGAUUCUUUAAAGCGAGAAUCCUUCAAAAGAAGGUAAGGCUUUACAUUUCUGCAUUCACACUAAGGAGGAAAAAGGUGAUGAAAGGUGAGAAAGAUGAAACAGGUACUGUACAGUGUUUGCUUUUGUGGAAGGGACUUUAAACUAAGCUGUUUGUAAAGUGCUAGUGCCUGUUCUGAUUUAGGCCUGCCGCAGACAAGAAUUCAUAUUCUUUUUUUUAUUGUGCAGCGGUUACUCUGUAUAUCAUUAUUUAUAUUUUUUACUUUUUUUAUAUGACCGAGGAUGGUCUGCUGCUAGCAAUGUAUGUCUGUAUUUUACUUUACUGUACUUUAAUUUCUCCAGUCAUGCAUUUUAAGGCAGCUAUAUAAUUUGUGGUCAUUUUAUCAAUGCUAGACAUUUGUGGGGAAUGACAUUUGUGAAUUGUGACCAAGUAUGCAUACAUAGAUAGGUACUGUACCUAAUAUUUUUUGAGCCAAAUAAAAAAACAGUUUUGCAAAGUAUUACUCAUGGUUUUAAAUUUGUAUAAGUAAAUCACCUACAGGUAAUUUUGUAGAAUCGCCACCUGGUGGUGAUCAGUGAUAAGAAAAGCUCCAGGUGUCCUCACCUGGAUGGAAAAACCUGACAAAAAGUCAGUGUUGUAAAUUUGAGAGAUUUUGGUACCAAAGUCAAUUUUUGUAGUCUAAAAAAAUUGUACAUUAUGAACAUGCCUUUUUAAUGCCUUUAUUACCACUAGAAACAUGAGGUCCCCAUGCGUAAUCUGCUGGUCUGGUGGUCCCCAUGUGGGAGGAAAAACGUGUAUGUGUGUGUGUGUGUGUGUGUGUGU